UCCGAACCGUUGGAGGGAGAUUGGGGGGAUUUCAUAUAUACGGCCGGGGGCACUAACGAUAAUCGUAGUUUUACACAGUCCUAGUGUCUAGGAGGUUGAAUUAGCACCUACUCAUCAACAAAAUGAAAAUUUUGAUUCUCCUUUCUUGCACUUUCGCAAUUUCUUACGCAGGCUAUGCCGCUCAAUAUUACCAACCGCAACAGUACCAACACCAACCCAUCCACAUCCCAGUGAUAGGCCCCGAUGGUGUCCCAGUAGAAACACCCGAAGUACAAGCAGCCAAAGCCCACCACUAUGCCGAAUACGCCAAAACAUUAUCCCGACCAGGACAAAACAUUCCAGACACGCAGGAAUACGGUCACGGCGGUGGAGAAGGACACUACUCGGCUCCGGCUCCUGUUCAAUACUCGCACGCUCCUGCGUACUACAAAGGACCUGGAGGACCUCCAGCUCCCCUUGGCCAUGAUGGACAAGUAGUAGAAACUCCUGAAGUACAACACGCUAAAGCUGCUCAUUUUGCCGCUUACGCUGAAGCUGCUUCCCGCGCUGGUUAUGGAGGACACGGACAUGGUGGUCAUUACAGAAGACGUCGUGGUAUUUACGGCGACUACCACGUUCCAGUCCUAGACCACAAUGGUGUCCCAGUAGAAACACCUGAAGUACAAGCUGCUAAAGCCCAUCAUUUCGCUGAAUACGCCAAAGUACUCUCUCGUCCAGGACAAGACAUUCCCGAUGUUCAAGAAUAUUCUCAUGACGGUGGUGCUGGUCACUACUCACCCUCUCCAGUACACUAUUCUGCUCCUAUACAAUACUCUGCUCCUGCUCAUUACGCCUCAGCUCCCGCUUAUUCUCACAAUACUUACCACGGACCCUAUGCCGAAAUUGGACACGACGGCCGUCCAGUUGAAACCCACGAAGUCCAGGCAGCCAAAGCAGCACAUUUCGCCGCCUACAAUGCUGCCAAGGCAGGUCAAUACGGUCACCACUACUAUUAGAACAAAAUUUUCAUGGUAAGCGGAUGGAGUUUGUAGUUCCAAGAUGGUUUGUUUUGGUCAACUACAUAGCCGCCGGCUUGCUGUUGAGGAAAAGUGAUAUAUUAAUUGUAAUAUAGGAUAAUUACCAAUUGUUAACCCAUAUAAGACUUAUAGCGACAAUAAAAAUUGUUAUUAUAUA